GCCUCUCACGCUGGGCCAUAAAGGUCCGGCGCGGCGCGGCUGGCACCCACACGGCUCCUGCCGCUCAGCUGCAACCGGCUGCGUCCUUUUCCUCCCUUGCUUCUUCCUUCUCUUGUCCCCCCGGGACGCGACGGCGAUGGACGCCGGUUGCCUGCGGGUCCGCAGCCUGCUGCUCUUCCUCGGCUACCUAUUGCAAGCAGUCCUGGGCACAACAGUGAUCCCAUUAUGCGGGCCUGGUGAAAUGGAGAACUGCACAACAGCACUAAUCCAGACAGAGAACAGUCCCCGUGUGGCUCAAGUUGGGAUAACUAGAUGCAAGCCUGAAAUGAAGGACUACUGCUUCCACGGGCAGUGCGUGUACAUAGUGGACUUGAAUGAACACUACUGCAGGUGUGAUGUGGGCUUCUCCGGUGUCCGGUGUGUGCAUUCAGAAUUGGUCAGACAACCCCUCAGUAAGGAGUACAUGGCACUGACGGUUAUCGUAGUUCUGCUUUUCCUCAUCGCCAUCUCCAUUGCAAGCUACUACAUCUGCAGAAGGUACCGUAACAAGAAGAGACAAACGAACACCGGUGAAUACAAGGAAGUUGGUGCCGUGUAGAAGAAACGGUGGCUUCCCAGUGUUCUGUUCAUCUGGAUGGACUCAUUGACUUCUCAUCUAUUUAAAUGUUAUUUUUAUUAACAAUAUUUACAAUAUUUAUAUCUUUGUAAAAAUUUCAAUUGCUUGGUGAUCCAAUCAGUAUAGGUCAAGCAUUUUAUUUUCAGUGUUUUAUUUUUUUAUUAAAUAGUAUUUCCUCAUGAGAACCCCACCUCAGUGGUUCUGUGGGAUAAAGAUAUAUUUUUAUAAAAACUCGUCUUCUUACUCUGAAGAGUAAUUUUAUAUUUAUUCUUGUGAAUAUGCUCAAAACAAUUCUGUUCCUUGAAAUAAAAGUUGUAGACCAAGUCAAA